AUGGCCAGCAGCAGCAGCAGCAGCAGCUGGCGAGGAGCCAUGCUACUACUUCUACUCCCGGCGCUGUUGCUGCUGGGGGUGACGACCGCAGAGAUCCAAGGCCGCGGUGGUGGGCCCAGCAGCGGCGGGGUGGCAAUCGGCACCAUCACAUCGAUAACACAUCUCAAGCCGACCUACUACUUGCAUGAAGCAGACAGUGGCAAUGUGCAUCGCCUGAUCUUCUGUGAUGAGAUGCCGCCAAGUGCCAUCCCAAUCGGCAACCCCGGCGUCACUGUCAUGUACGACAAGACGGUGAACGGUGUCAUGUAUUCGUGUAACGCCCCCACUGCGUCUGAGGAGCAGCAAGGAAGUCAGCAGCUGCGGCGGCAGUUGGCAGAGACGGGAGGGUCCAUCACUGUCCCUCAGGAGCCGAGGAUCCUGGUCUACAUGACCACAUUAUGUGGCUACCCUUACGGAGGACUACCACCGGAGAUCGUCUACGAUUUGCUUGUCAUCGGCAACAAGCAGUUUGUCGGAAAAACCUUGGCGGACUACAUGAAUACCUGCAGCUAUGGCCAGAUCAAAUUGCUACCAUCAAACGUCAAAGUGUUGGGACCCGUGGAAGAUUCCUGUGGAGAUCAGUGCGACCACACGUGCCCCAUGGGCGGAGGUGGAGGCCAGGGCAUUCGCUGCUACAACGCCCCUCAUAACUGGCAGGUUGGCUUAGGCAGGCCUUUCCUCCGUCUCAAUGAUACAAAUCUGUCAUACGGCAAGAUUACCAACCUUACCAUCCCGUCACAAAUAUCGAGACCCAACAGCUCAGUGAUGGUGACAGGAUUGCGAAUGCCGACGGGCCUGAGCCUUUUCAUCUCAUCAAGACAAAAUACCUACACUUAUGACCUGCCCUACAGAGCUACUCAGGAUCGCGAUACCUUCAUCCUCAUGCACACUUUCAACGGUAGUAAAACCAUCCUGACAGGCCAGAUUAAUGUCGGCGGAAUUUGGAGUGACCCAGCCAGCGAGUUUACCAUCAAGUUUGAGUCCUGGGACGACGUCACCGGGGCAAACGUGCGAGUAUGCCGUCGCCGCUUCAACAUCACCACCGAGUUGAACAACUGCAAGAACGGGUUAGAUGAUGACUGCAACUUCCUGACGGACUCUCAAGACCCCAUGUGUUUCUCACCACCGCCACCGUCACCAUCACCACCACCCCGCCCGCCACCAUCGCCGCCUCUGCCUCCAUCACCACCACCACCUUCAUCACCACCGCCCCCCACUCCGCCGGCACCUCGUCGACCGCCACGGCUACCACCAUCCCCACGACGGUCACCCCCGGUCCCAUCAUCGCCGCCUUCACCACGGCUACCCCCACCGUACAGGGCCCCCAGAGGCCCAUCGACACCGCGGCCCCCUCCAAACCCACGGCCCCCAACCGCACGUUCGAAGCCUUAA